CACCACCACCAUUUUCAUUCGGCACUACUAUACAAUCUGAUUGUACUGGUGGUCCCCCAAUAUUUUGGACUCUUAUCGGUGCGGCUAAGGCUAUACCUCUAAAACGUGAUCUCAACCCAACCAAAAAGGCCAAGUCAAUCGAUCGAUCUAAUCCGGUGGAACAAAUCGGAUUGAUUCACCCUAGGGAGAUCGUAGCAUUUAGUUGCUACGUCUAGCCUUUGACUACUGCAGCCAGUAACACCACUCGACGCCCAGCUCCCCACCGCAUGGAACCUAGAACGGAAUCCUUCACCGGCUGUGCUUAGGUGAUAGGAAGAAUCCCGACGCUUGCACAUUUCCCUGCCGCUGUCACUUUAAACACCUUUAACCCUCCCUCGCCGUCGAUCCAUAAGGUGACAUGGAUCAUCAGACCCCCUCCCCCGUGCCGGUGGUGGUGCCCGAGUCUCUGGCGUCGGAGGGGCCACCGUUCCGACGAUUACAUGAUGGUGGGCUCGGUAGGAACCAGAUCGACGGUCUCGAACCGACUUGAGCGUGACCUCACAAAGAAGAACCAAGGACAAUGAUUCAACCCAUCUGUAAAGGAACCAUUAGGAAGGUGACACGAGAUGUUGGCGUCCUAUUAUAGCCCGAGCCGGGGGGCCGCCACCCGUCGCCCCUCCGACGUCUCGAUAUCGGGCUCCAACACCACCGCUGGGUUUCUAUGAUGUCCAGAGAAAGCUUGCCUUCAGCUAACAAAGGUAGAGCUUCCUCAGACAACGGCCCAAAAAGAAGGGCACGGUUGCGUCAAAAGUCGCGGACAUUGAAUCGAACACUGGUUGACAAUCUUGCGGCCUCUCACUUGCCCCUUUAAAUCCCCCUUCUUCCCCCCUUCCACUUCCGCUGCUCCUCCCUUUCUCCUCACGCUUCUUCCAUAUAUAACCAUGCAUUGUCUCCUUCGACAACACAGCGUCGUCUUCCUCGAGCUCUUCCUCGUCUUGGUCCUAGGCGGCAUCGCCAUGCAUGUCUCCGACCCUGACGUGCCUUCCUCGCUGGACGCACUCCGCCUCGAGGGCAACUUGAGCUUCCACGACGUCUCCCUCGCCGCAAAAGACUUCGGGAACCGCUUCCGGUUCCUGCCGUCGGCGAUCCUGCACCCAGUGUCGGUCUCGGACAUCGCCGCCAUCAUCAAGCAUGUGUUCCAAAUGGGUCCGAGCUCGAAGCUCACCGUCGCGGCCCGAGGCCACGGGCACUCGCUGCAGGGCCAGGCGCAGGCCGAUGGCGGGGUGGUCAUCCACAUGGAGUCGCUCCGCGGAGGCGGGACGCGGGUGCACGCCGGGGAGCGCCCCUACGUGGACGCCUCGGGAGGGGAGCUGUGGAUCAACGUGCUGCUCGAAUGCCUGAAGCAUGGCCUGGCGCCCAAGUCCUGGACCGACUACCUCCACCUCACCAUCGGCGGGACGCUGUCCAAUGCCGGGAUCAGCGGGCAGGCGUUCCGGCACGGCCCGCAGAUCAGCAACGUCCACCAGCUCGAGAUCGUCACAGGGAAGGGCGAGCUGCUUACCUGCUCGACCGAGGAGAAUGCUGCCCUCUUCCACGCUGCUCUCGGAGGCCUCGGCCAGUUCGGAGUCAUCACCGGAGCCAGGAUCGCGCUCGAACCAGCGCCGGAGAUGGUGAAGUGGAUCAGAGUUCUGUACUCCGACUUCUCCAGCUUCACGGAGGACCAGGAGAUGCUCAUCUCGGCGAGGGAGACCUUCGACUACAUCGAAGGAUUCGUGAUCAUCAACCGGACGGGACUGCUCAACAACUGGAGAUCGUCGUUCAACCCGCAGGAUCCCGUUCAAGCCAGCCGGUUCGACUCCGACGGGAGGAUCCUCUUCUGCCUCGAGAUGACCAAAAACUUCAACCGAGACGGGGCCGAUGUCAUGCACCAGCGAGUCGAAGCGCUUCUGUCGAGAUUGAGGUACAUACCGUCCACCCUCUUCCAGUCGGAGGUCACCUACCUGGAGUUCCUGGACAGGGUGCACGUCUCCGAGGUGAAGCUGCGGUCCAAAGGCCUGUGGGAAGUUCCGCAUCCAUGGCUGAACCUUCUCAUACCCAGAACCAGGAUCAAAGACUUCGCAGAAGAGGUCUUCGGCAAAAUUCUCAGAGACAGCAACAACGGUCCCAUCCUCCUGUACCCACUUCACAGAUCCAAGUGGGAUAACAGAACAUCGGCAGUGAUUCCAGAUGAGGAGGUCUUCUACCUGGUGGCGUUCCUCUCGUCGGCGCCAUCUUCCUCGGAUCAUGACAACUUGGAGCGUGCACUGAAACAGAACGAUAAGAUCUUAGACUUCUGUAACAAGGCAGGAAUCCAGAUGAAGCAAUACUUGCCACACUACACAACACAGGAGGAGUGGAAGGCCCACUUCGGUGACAGAUGGGAGCUAUUUGCUCAUAGAAAAGGCAUUUAUGAUCCCCUGUCGAUCCUUGCUCCAGGACAAAGGAUUUUUCGGAAGGUCGUACGGUCCUCACGACGGUAGCUUCUGUGCAGAGACCACAUCUCGUCUUGCACGGAAGCAACUCUCCACAAGAGCGACACAGGUCGAAAGAGAGGACAGUAAAUCCGGUUGACCGUGAGCAUUCGAAUGCAACGCCGGGAAGAACAAAAGAAUCACGAAAAGCUAACCUGGGCAGCUGAAAGUUCUCCUUACGGUGGUGGAAAAUGACAUUUGAAAGGAUGAUAUCGGGAUCGAAAUAAUAAUGAUUCCAUCAAAGUAUCAUGAAUUUGCCAGAAGACAGAAAAGAAAAAAAGAAAACAAAUCAAUCAUCGAAUUGUGUACAUUUUCUCAUCAAAAGAAUUUGAUUCCGCUGUACCACAUAAUUAAAAGUUGAAGAUCUCCAGAAACCUGUUGAGCCAAAUGGAACAUCCAACGCCACAAAUUGCCAAUUUGUUCUACAACAUAACUAGCGAAUUUGUUUUUGCAACUCGAUGAUAUAUGUAGCUUCCUACGUCACAUUCUUUUUACCUCAUCAAUUAAUAGCCUCCGCUACAAACUCAUCCUCGAAAGAAACAACUUGUCACAAACAUCUGUUGAUUCUUUGAU